UAUUGGGGGUUAUUAACGCGGAAGUAAAAUAAAUAUACCUGUGAGGAGAUCGAAGCUGGAUAUGGGACACGCCAAUGUAUCUCAAGGUGCAAAAAUCAAGUUUUAAAAAUUUCCCCUACAACACUGAUAUCGUCCACGUUCGCUGUUGCCAUCGGCCCCUACCAUGGCGUCUCGUGUCUGUUGGUUGAUCUAUCUGACAAUUGUAAUGUCUACAGGAUCCAAAGUCAAAGCUUCUUUUAGCAAUGAAGGAACUGAAUUUUAUGUAGGAUUUAUGGACAAUGAUUAUGGUGAUGGUCGUGAUAUGUACCUGUACAUGACGACUGGGUCUAACACACCGGCAGAAGUCACCGUCACAGCUCCGAAACAAGAUACCAAUUUUCGUAAAACAGCACAGAUAGCAAGGGGGCAGAGUGUGAGAGUCUCCAUACCAGCGAACUUCAAAGCCACAGGCAGUCGGGUGGAAAACAAGGGUAUUCACGUCAUGUCUACCCAACCCAUUUCACUGUAUGGUCUGAAUCAGGAGCAGGGGUCUGGAGACGCGUUCACUGCGAUACCCGUGACUGGCCUUGGUUCAAGGUAUUCCGCCAUUACAUGGUCAAACCAAGGACAGAUUCUCGUGGUUUCCACUCAAGACCGUACCGAGGUUACAAUUAAGCUGCCAGGCAGACCCAAUAACGCCGUUACCUUCAACGGUGUAGCACACACUGGUUAUGCCGAGUUUACAGUGACCAUGUCAAGGUACCAGACCCUUCACCUCCAGAGUGAUGAUCUCACCACCACUCAGAUUGUGGCUAACAGCGCUAUUGCUGUGUUCUCUGGAAGCAAAAAGGUACAGAUUGAAGGCACUAUGACGUCUGAUCAUCUGGUUCAACAGUUGACUCCAUAUGAUGCUUGGGGCAAAGAGUUCCUAAUUUCUGCUCCACCUAAUUCACAGAAGUAUAAAAUGAAGAUUAUGUCCCAAGACAGACAUCCAAAUAUAGGUAGGGUAUACAUUUCCGGUGAGGCCGCUAGUGGUACAUUUGUGACCGAAUUUUACACCCCUGUCAGAGACUACACCAGUGCUGUUCUCAGACGCGUUUGGUCAGACUCUCCAAUUCAAGUCGCCUUGUUUACUCAGUCCAUGGAUUCCUCCUCAAAUAUGAUAGAUGCCUCCAUGAUCAUAGUUCCACCCGUCUACCAGUACCGAUCUAGGUAUACCUUCACCACAUUGGGACAAACAGCUGCAGAGAUGUCCAGUCACAUGACAAUCUAUGUUGCGAAUGUUACAACAAAUGCCGGUACACUGAGGAUGGAUGGUCAACCCAUGAAUAUGUCUUUUACUAGAAUAUCGUCAACUAAUUAUUAUGUCGGUACGAUGCCAGUAUCACCGGGAGCUCAUGAAAUCUACAGCACUGAUCCCUUGACAAAUUUUUACGGUCUCAUGAGUGGUUUCCAUGCAAGUUCAAAUGGUAACUACUAUGUUACUUAUCCUGCAGGAAUGAACGUAGCCAAAAACACAUUGGGUUGCAGUCCAUUUGUAGGACAAAAUAUUGUCGCUGGAAAUCAAGUUGAUGAAGACUGUGACGGAAGAGUAGAUGAGGAAAUCAAAAAUAAUAUCGACGAUGAUGGGGAUGGAAAAAUAGAUGAAGAUCUGUCUCUUCCACCGAGAGCAAAUGGUAACUGGGGACCCUGGGGUAGCUGGGAGGCGUGCAGUGUCACGUGUGAGAACGGGACGAAAAGCAGAAGAAGACAAUGCAACAACCCAGAACCAACCAAUGGCGGUCUCACCUGUCCAACUGACAUUCAGGGUGACACAGAUACGGUACCAUGUUCUUUACAACGGUGUCCAGAAUGUGAUCCAGCGGCGGCAGUAAGCUGCAUCACCAAACCAAAUACUGUCUGCAGUGCAAACAGAUUUUGUGAAUGUGGGCCUGGAUACAGAGACACCACCGGCCUCGGACACUGUGUUAAACGUAAAAUAGGCGAUACAUGCAUUUUGAGCACCGACUGCAAUACUGUUGUGGGCUACAGCAGAUGCGUAGAGGGGAGAUGUGUGUGUUCUGUUGGCUACAAACCAGGACCUGACAACACGGCUUGCGUACAGCUUACAGUUGGAGACGCAUGUACGUCAACUGACCAAUGUGACGUGGUGAUGGAUCACGUGACCUGUGGGACCGGAAAUACCUGUCAAUGUAACCUUGGAUACAUAGCGACCAGUGGGCAGUCACAAUGUCGAAAGAGAGUUGUAGGUGACAGUUGUUCAACUGACGGCGAUUGUAGCACUGCGGUUACCGGAACGACUUGUUCCACGUCUACCAGGCGCUGUACAUGUGCCAUAGGGUACCGCCCCAGUACAGAUAGUACUUCCUGCUUGGCACGUCCACUGAAUGACCCAUGUCAAAGUACAGGAGAGUGUUCAGCAAUUUUGCCAGCAAGUAGCUCUGAGUGCAAAUUGGACACAGACGGGAUAAAGCGAUGCUUCUGUAGCGAUAGUCACAGGGAGUUCAACUCCACACAGUGCAGACGUGCUAAAAUCAACGACAUCUGCGAAACGCCGCGAAGUGCGACGAUGUGUACCGACCCCAUUCCUUUCAGUGAAUGUUCGGCUUCCAGUUGUGUGUGCAAGGCAGGUUAUAUGGCAUCCGCAGACCUAGCGAGCUGUACUAAGCGUGCCGUCGGCUCACCGUGUUCAACCAAUAAUGACUGUCAAGCAGCUGUGGUGGACAGUCUGUGCAGUGACGGAACAUGCAGCUGCAAGCAAGGAUACAAAUAUAUCUCUGCUGAGAGUGCAUGCAGAAAACGUAAAAUACGCGAUGCUUGCAGUGUGAGCGCCGACUGCAAUACUGUUGUGAGCAGCAGCAAAUGUGAACACGGGAGAUGUGCGUGCUCGGUUGGCUACAAACUAGAAGCAGACAGGACCUCUUGCUUGGCGCGUAAGAUAGGCGAUACUUGCAUUUUGACCACCGACUGCAUUGCAGUGGUGAACAACAGCAGAUGUGUUCAGGGGAGAUGCGUGUGUUCCAUUGGCUACAAACCAGAUGCAGUCAACACUUCUUGCUUGGCAUUCGUCCGUGGUGCCUCUUGCAACGUGACCGAGGAUUGCUCGACUUGUGAAGUGGGAAAUGCUGAUUCCGCCAAUGACACAGUAUGCAGAACUACCACAAACAAACGGUGCUCAGACCAGGGCCACUGUAGGGCUGGCUCGACGCUAAGCUUUGAAUGCCAUCCGUAUCUAAAAGUUUGUGAUUGUCCACUUGGUUUCCAUUCUGUACAAGAAGAAUACUGUGUUAAACGGAAAAUAGGGAGCAAAACAUGUUACAGGGAGGCUGACUGCAGAGAGGCAGUACAACAUAGCACGUGUACGGAGAAUGGUUGUGAAUGUAUCGAGGGUUACCAGCCUUCAGCGGACAUGACAGAGUGUACUGAAGAACAUCAGGUACCUGUCAUCCCAGUCGUCACUGCUUCGGUGGCAGUAGUGGUGUGUGGCAUAGUAGUAGCUGGGGCUGUUGCCUACGUCAGAAACCGUAGAAAGCGCACUCCUGCUGCACAGGAUAAUCACUUCACGGUAUCGGAACCCACACCAGAGACAGCCGCCUUAGAAAGGCAUGCACCUUACACGUCUUUGUCUGUGGAGGCGGUGGCAUUCCAAUCGGGUGCCGAAUCUAAUGAAACCGAUGGUUUUGCGCCUUACGUGGAAAUGACGUCACCACAAUACGUAAAUGCACACAUCAAUUUUAUUAACACAAGUGAUGCUUUACGGUAGUUAGGUUGACUUUUCAAUUUUAAGUGUAGGCCUAUAGAAAAAUGUAAUGUAGACGACAUGGGCCUUCCGACAAACGCUCAGAAUUUUCUUGAUCUACAUGUACGUACUUUCGUAGAGUUGAUUGACUGAAGAAAACUAUCAGCCAAAAUUAUUCCAUAACUUUGGUGCAUAUAUAUCAUAAAAGCCCGUUCACUAUAAAACUAUAAACUAAAAAGAGAGAGGGAGAGAGUACAUCGUGAAAGGAUGUCACUUCUGUGUUAUUACUUACUGCCGUGCUUGCAUGAUAUUAUAGUUUUAACAUAUAUGCUGGGCAAAUGGCAGCGGAAACAGUCCUCGAUUUCAUAUUGUCCAAUGUCGGAUUUUGGACUUAAAUUAAGAGCCCACUACGUUGCGUUUCACAAAGAAUCUGACGCCUGUUUUUAUUUAUUUAUUUUAUUAGCCCCUUUAAGCAAAAUGGAAUUGUCUUGAAGAAGCCUUCAACUCUCAGAGGUGAAAGUAGUCUAUACGUACAUGUUAGGUACAUGGGUUGUUGGCCAAUAAUUUUUAGGUUCUUUGACUAAUAUUGCAAUGUAGACAAUAUUUGUUACAUGUGAAUUUUUAAUUACUUUAAUGACUGAAUAAAUUCUUAUCUUAUUUUGUGUACAAAUUGGCUUGCCGAUUUGGGCAGUUUAAACUUAGUCAAAGAACUAAAGGUUUGUGAAGCAGGCCUCUCUGGUUAUAUCAAACACUUUCAGCACUAAUGAAACUCCUGGAGCAUGGAAACAAAACAUGAUAACGUGUUAUAACAAGAUCCUCUGCAACUCCCAACAUUACAAUUUUAUUCCCAUAACGAAAGAAGAAACAUUACUAUAUGGAAGACCUCAGAGAUCAAAAAGCUAGAAAGAAACAAUUAUCAAAAGUGUCAUGACAGUAAGCUACAGGUAUGCUGUGCACUUAUAUAAUAGUCACAAUAAGUAAAACAAUUCAGAAUUUGAGAGCUAUGUACAUUUUUAUAUAUCUAAUGUUGACCAACUUAUCAGCACGG